AUGUCUUCGAAGAAAGGGUUUUUUUGUAUGAAUACAUUGAAACAAUUUGAUGCAUUUGCUAAACCAUUAGAAGAAGUUCAAAUAAAAACUGUAUGGGGUGGAAUAGUUUCUUUGGUUUGUUUUCUUACCAUUGUUUUUUUGAUGGUGUCAAAUUUAGUUGAAUAUCUUGACAACACUCCCACUGAAGAACUUUUUGUUGACACUUCGCGAAAUAAAAAGUUACAAAUAAAUUUUGAUAUUGUUGUUCCUAAGAUAUCUUGUGAUUUUCUAGUUUUAGAUGCAGUUGAUAAUUCAGGUGAAACACAUCUGCAGGUUGAUCAUAAUAUUUAUAAACGGAGAUUAAAUUUAGAAGGACAACCAAUUAGCGAUCCUGAAAAAUCUGAUGAUGUUGGCAGUAAAAAAACAUUAAAUUCUACAUCUAUGUUAAAAUCAAAUGAAACAGAUAAUGCUAAUGAUACUGAAGCACUUUGUGGAAGCUGUUAUGGAGCGGAAAGUUCAACUAUUCCGUGUUGUAAUACAUGUGAUGAUGUUAAAAGAGCUUAUAAAAUGAAAAAUUGGGAUUUCCGUCCUUCAAGUAUUGAACAAUGCAAGAAUCAAUCAUCUCAAAAUGAAAUGUAUGACAAAGCGUUUAAAGAAGGUUGUCAAUUGUAUGGUACACUACUGGUAAAUAGGGUUAGUGGAAGUUUUCAUAUUGCUCCAGGAAUGAGUUUUUCGUUUAACCAUAUGCAUGUUCAUGACGUACAUCCAUUUUCAUCUUCAUCGUUUAAUACAACUCACACUAUAAGACAUUUAUCAUUUGGUCAAAAAUUGGAAUCAAUUAAUACAAGUCAUGGUGGUAAUCCAUUGGACUCAACUGAAUCUACUGCUGGAGAAGGUAAAUAA